CUGUAAUUCUUCAGCCAUUCAAACUAAGUAGCCAGCCGGUGAUCUAAUUUAACCUCAACACGAGCCCUUAGCUCAGGGACAGCUAGCUUUACCGAGGCCCGAGCGCUAACCGGCGUUUGUCAGCGGACGAAAAGGACGGAAGCCGGCAAACAUGUCGAAAGAUACCGAAGGAAAGAGCGAGAAAAUUAUGGACGUGGAGAACAAAGUGUUGUGGUACCCGGACUCCAAGAGGAACACGCAGAUGGACAAGUUCAGGAUACAGGUCAACGGGGACUACGGGGCUAAUCUCGUCAACUACAAUGAGCUCUACCAGUGGUCGGUGGACAGUUAUUCAGAUUUCUGGGCAGAAGUGUGGCGCUUUUGCGGCGUAGUCAGCUCCAAGCCGUAUGAAGAGGUGGUGGAUUUAUCCAAACGGAUCUCGGAUGUCCCAGAGUGGUUUAAAGGAGCUCGGCUCAACUACGCCGAGAACCUGCUCAAACAUGCAGACCAGGACAAAGUAGCUCUCUAUGCUGCAACGGAGGCAAACGAUGAGAUCGUGAAGGUGACGUUUGGGGAGCUGAGGCGUGACGUGGCAUUGUUUGCUGCAGCCAUGAGGAAGAUGGGCCUCCAGACUGGAGACAGAGUCGUAGGCUACCUGCCCAACGGCAUCCAUGCCGUGGAGGCCAUGUUGGCAGCGGCCAGCAUAGGAGCCAUUUGGAGCUCCACGUCGGUCGACUUUGGAGUCAACGGUGUCCUUGAUAGAUUUUCUCAAAUCCAGCCCAAGCUGAUCUUCUCUGUUGCUGCGGUGGUUUACAACGGCAAGACACACGACCACAUGGAAAAGCUGAUCAGUGUUGUCAAAGGUCUGCCGGACCUGAAGAGAGUCGUGGUGAUUCCCUACGCUCGCUCCAAACAAGAGACCGACCUCUCCAAGAUACCCAACAGUGUAUUCAUCGAGGAUUUCUUGGCAUCUGGUCGUGGCGAAGCUGACCAGUUACCUCAGCUGGAGUUUGAGCAGCUUCCAUUCAACCAUCCCCUGUUCAUCAUGUACUCCUCCGGCACCACAGGAGCUCCGAAAUGCAUGGUCCACUCUGCUGGGGGCACGCUCAUCCAACACUUGAAAGAACACAUUCUCCAUGGCAAUAUGACCAGCAGUGAUGUCAUCAUUUACUACACCACGACCGGUUGGAUGAUGUGGAACUGGCUGGUGUCUGCUCUGGCAGUGGGAGCCUCUGUGGUGUUGUAUGAUGGUUCUCCACUAAUGCCCACACCCAAUGUGCUGUGGAACCUCACAGACCAGCUGGGCAUCACGAUCUUAGGCACCGGUGCCAAGUGGCUGUCUGUGCUGCAGGAGAGGAACCUGAAGCCCGUGGAAACACACAACCUCCAGUCUCUGCACACCAUCCUGUCCACCGGAUCUCCUCUCAAGCCUCAGAGCUACGACUACGUCUACCGCUGCAUCAAGAGCAACGUGCUGCUGGGCUCCAUCUCAGGCGGCACUGACAUCGUGUCCUGCUUCAUGGGUCAGAACCCAACAGUUCCUGUGUAUCGGGGUGAGAUCCAGACGAGAAACCUCGGCAUUGCUGUGGAAGCCUGGAGCCUUGAUGGUAAGCCCGUCUGGGGAGAGAGCGGGGAGCUCGUCUGCUUGAAACCGAUCCCCUGCCAGCCAACACACUUCUGGAAUGACGAAAACGGGAGCAAAUACCACAAAGCGUACUUUUCCACAUAUCCUGGGGUGUGGGCUCACGGAGAUUACUGCAAAAUCAACCCAAAGACGGGAGGCGUCGUCAUGCUGGGCAGAAGCGACGGCACAUUGAACCCCAACGGAGUCCGAUUUGGCAGCUCGGAGAUCUACAACAUUGUGGAGGCGUUCGAGGAAGUGACGGACAGCCUUUGCGUGCCUCAGUACAACGCCGAGGGGGAAGAGCGAGUCAUUUUGUUCCUGAAGAUGGCGCCCGGUCGGCCCUUCUGUCCGGAGCUGGUGGCGAAGAUAAAAGGAGCCAUUAGGAAAGCUCUGUCUGCCAAACACAUCCCGUCUCUGAUGCUGGAGACCAGUGACAUUCCAUACACCAUCAGCGGUAAGAAGGUGGAGGUGGCUGUGAAACAGGUGCUCGCUGGACGGGAGGUGGCACAGAGAGGAGCGUUCUCCAACCCCGACUCACUGGACCUCUACAAGAACAUUCCGGAGCUGCAAAACUUUUGAAGAGGAGCUGCCAAGGAGAGCCCACCGGACGCGAUGUUUGCAAUGAACUCCAUUCAAAUUUACAGGAACGAGGAAAUACGCACUGGGAUAGUUUACAGAGGCACCUUGAGCUUUGUAGAAGGCGUCAAAAGGUUACGUCAAAAAAAUAAAAUGGGACCAAUAAUAUGUCAAAAUGAUGUCAAGUGAUAGAGCAGCUGCUCUUAGUUUACCAUGUUCAUGUAACUGGAUUCAUCUUGUGGGUGCUGUGCACAUCCGUGUAUAACACGAUGUGCACAGCACCUCUUGGGUCUGAGCUCCUGCUCUGAAGCCACCAAUAAUGGAGAAUUGUAAUUUAUCGUCACUUCGCCGUGGCGCCACGUUGUGAGAGUAUCAGCCGCUGAAGGACCCGGUCCCCGUGUCCGCGGCUGUCACCCCAGUGGUGGUUCAGAGUGGGUUCCCAGCCUCAACAGACACCUGGGGAUCAACACCUCCGCUUCAGCUCACAUCACCAUCAUCAUUGCUAUGUGGUGCGUACUGCUUUAUCAAAUGUGUGUAUAUAUGAAUAUAUAUAUAUAUUUUGGAUUGUGACAUUUUAUGAGUAUAAUUAUGCCUCUGAAGAUAGUGACCCUAACCUGAUGAGCGAGUCUCAGAUUUUAGAGGAUGUAGUUUAAAUCAAUAAACUAGAGGUUUCCAUAUAAAACUCAACUUUCUGAACUUUGCCCAACCUCAACAAGUACUUUUGGGGUUUUCCAUGUUCAAACCCUGUCAAUGAUUUGACUUUGUAACAACCGACUGUUUCAUUCCGCCCAAGACAUUAAGGUAUGUGCUAAUGAAGCUCUACAGCUGAACGUGAAGAAGUCCCAUUGGCCCUCAUGUCAAGGUCAAGUCAGCCAAGGUCAAGUGUGAUCUGGAAGUGAGCAACGGUUUAUUUCACCAAAAAGGCCUCUCUGUUCCGUAUAUCUAUGUUCCAUGUUUGUCAUAACUAACAACGAUGUGUUUUCCUAAUAACUACAGUGCAGCUGGUAAAGCUGCAUUAUGAAUAAAAAAGUCCUUCAUGGUGAAUUCAUGCGAUUGAAGAUGAAUGCACUGGCUUUGGUCAUUUCAUUUCCUGUUGGGGGCAUUUGAUCUUUGGAGGAAAAUUAAGCUGUAGGAAACAUUUUAUACUGAUCCAGGGGUAACAUAUAUUUUUUUCUUAUUUCAGUCUUGUAACUUUUUAAAAAAACAUAUUAAAAGGUACGAAUGUAAAUGAAUCAACUGGGAAAGUCUGCAGUUCAUCUUUAAUGUCAUAUUCAUAUAUUUAAAGGUACCCUGUGGUAUAUUUGACCACUUGCAGCUCUGUGAUGCAACAUGUUGAUGAUUGCAUGAGUAUGCAGGUGACUGGAUGCAUAUUCUUUCCAAUGGUGUCACUAUUCCACUCAUUGGCAUUGAUUAUUUUUUAAUUUUAUAGGCCUCAAGGAUGCAUCUAAAAAUGCUUUUGGGUAUGAAGACUAGAACAUUCCACGGAGUAUCUUUUCAGGCUCUUUCUUCUAGAGACGGAUCAUACUGUUCACUGAGCACUUUAGUUCUGUCUACUGUGUGUGGUCUUCAUGAAAUCUGGAUGAAAUGUCAGAUCUAGUUUCGCUCUGUGGUAUGCAUGCAGGUCAGGCAGUUGUUCUUCUAAGAUAAUGCUGGGUGUGUCACAUGUAAAUAACUUAAUUGUAUUCGGUUCUUUCAUGUGCCUUUAGGGAAUCUACAGUGUAAUUUGUACCUAUUUUGGUGUUUCGAUAAAGUUCAUUGAAUCGGA